CUUCCAAACCUCACGCUUUUCGAUUUAAUUCAUCCGAAUUCGUGGACGGUGGUCGAGAAGAGUAGGGCAUCUCGCCGGUCGAGAGCUGGAUCACUGCCGGCGGCGGCGGCUGCGGGAAAGUCGCGGACGCCGAGCGGGAUCCGGGAGGCUCGCAGCGAGCGCUUGAACGAACUACUGGGCCGGUUUGGGCCUGUUUCACCAAACGCUGACGCCUUGCUAGGUGGGCCAGAUAUGGCUGGGUAUGAGGCCCAGUCCAUACAGGGAGCCACAGGCAUUGAUGCUAGCGCUGCAUGCACGGACGUGAUCGACUCGUCGUACGCGUGUGGUUCUACGUCUGCGCCUAGGGUUCGUCGGCGCGGGACGCCUUUCCUACUACCGUGCGGUUCUGGCCGCGCUCGCCGGAUUCCCCCGCUGCGCGUGAUGACUGGUCGAGGCUCGGGUGUACCGCCGGCAGCGAAGCCCCAUGCGGUUGCAGGCAGGGCUGGGGCAGUCGGGCCACCGCCGCCGCCUGGGAGUGCCGGCCGAGGGGCCCCUGGUGCAGGGCGUGGCGCAGCCGGUGCUGGGACUGUUGUUCCAGGCGCCGGGCGUGGCGUUCCCACCCCUACGGGACGGACUGGCGCCAACCACGGGAUGCGGCCGCCUGUGCCUGCGACGGCCGGGCCGCCGGUGGUACCUACUGGAAGUGGAGGACCGGCCGGUCUUCUACCCGCGGGACCAACGCCUGCCAGGCCGCCGGGCUCUCACACGGGCAGAGGGGGCUUCACAGGGCCGCGGCCUCCGGGGCCACAGCAGCCGGGGGCUUCUACCAUGGGUCGUGGUGGCGGGUCUGGCCCUCGACCGGUGGUGCCGGUCCCGGGUGGUGCUCCGCCCCGGGCUGCUCCGCCGCCGCACUAUGCCGCGAGGCCGACUCAGUAUCGGUCGGGGCCUCCGCAGCAUACGAAAGAAUCGACAGUUCGAGAGUCCUUUGAGUCGCCCCGUGGUCAGUGGGGUGAUGAUGGUGUGGAUGCAUAUGGAGACGGACAGCACCGUGGUUCCUCGUCGACCGGUGGAGGCCGAGGCUAUACAUGGCAGAGUGACGGGUCUGCAGAGAGACCAUUCCUUGGACCUCCUGGUGGCUUUGUUGAGGGGGCAUCCGGUCCGGACCACCGCUAGAGAGGCGGAUACCGUGGACAUCGGGGUGGUCGGGGUGGUGGCCGUGGGAGGUUUCGUCGAUAGCCUCCGCCUCCGGCUGCUGUUGACCAGGUGGCUACUGCGGUUGAGACAGAUUCUGGUCAGUCUAUGGAUCUUCAUCCUCAGGCGAUGGAGGUGGUAACGGCCCUGGCAAAUGUUGAUGCUUCGGUGCCUGGGCUGUAAGUGAAGUGUCAGACAGGUCUGAUUCCGAGAGGGCGGCCAAGUGGGCGCGCAAGAAGGAAAGGAUGCUGUGUUACCGGUGCGGUGAGAAGGGCCACUUUAUUGCAGAGUGCGUUGCAGAGCUGUGUGACUCGUGUGGCAAGCUCGCACAUGAUUCGAGAGAGUGCCCGUUAGUGCGUGACCAGGCUCCAGCUCUGAAUAUGUAUGGGCUAUACUGUGCAGAGUUACUGUUCUUCGAGUCCCCGGCUGCGAGGGAGAUCCCCGAGGACACACAGUGCCUGACCACCGGGAUUGUAAAAGCGACUCAGGGAGACGUGACUGAGGUUCAGAUUAUCUGGAGGCUUCAAGAAUUGGCACCGGGGGAUUUUCAGUGGGAGCUGAUCCGCCUCGAAGCUAAUUUAUUUAAGGUGGAUUUCCCCUCUGUGGAGGAUCUACAGAGACUACUGAGUUUCGGCUUGUGUAGAGUUCCUGGUACUAAGUGUAUUUUGGAGUUUCACGAGUGGACGAAGGUGGAGCCUAAAGGAAAGCCGCUUACGCAGAUCUGGUUGCGCUUUUCUGGAGCCCCAUCUAAGCCUCUGCAGGACGUUCGAGUUGUAGCCAGUAUGGGUAUCAUGGUUGGAAAGACGGAGAGAGUGGAUAUGGAUUUCACUCGGGCUCAUGGAGUGGCUCGGAUGUUGGUGAGUGUCCUCAAUGUUGAUUUUGUGCCUGAUGUGGUCCACUGGACAUAUAGGGGAGAGGUAUUCCCGCUUGAUAUAGAGUUUGAGGACGUUGAGAUGUUUGCUGAUGAGGUUGCUGGGGAUGAUGUUGAUAUGCACGAGAGUGAGGGUGGUGCAGGAGCCAGGGGGGCGCCAGACGAGUCUGCUCGAGAGGGGUCGACAGGGUCUCGCCCAGAUGCUCAGUUGCCUGGGGAGGGGACCGGAGUUGAGCCGACACCGUCACCUUCGGUGCCUACGACGACACUGCGUUUUGGGUCCUUUGCACCUGCCUCUGCGCCUCCCAAGAUGUGGAGCGAUAGGGUAGACUCUGAUGAUGUGUAUGCGCACACGCUUCCCUCCUUGGACUUUGAGGGGACUACAGUUCGGGCUGUACAGCCGGAGGUCGAUCUUAUUUCCCGAGCCUCACCGAUGGAUGUGUCUCCGGCAUUGUCAUCUUCGACCGAGGUGAGCCUUGGGGGACUGGGGUCAGGGCAGGUGGCCUUGCUCUCGUCUCUACCUAUACCGACGCCGAUGACGCCGGCUACGUCGGGGCCCGCCAGCGCUAGGAGUGGGAGCCCGAGGCAGGUGGCUUCGGCUCCUCCUCCUCACGUCCUGGCUGAGGCACCCGCAGAUCCCGUGACGCUGGGGGAGGUGGGGCUAGGGCAGGCGGCCCUAGAUAUCCCUUCCUCGUCUGCGGUCAGGAGGACCGCUUUCUCGGCGCCUUCGACGAUACGCUCUGUGCCGGUGGGCGGGGCAGGAGGAGGGACUGGGCAGGUGGCCCCAGUUGUCCCGCCCCUUGUCCUACCCGCCGGGCACUUGUCCGAGGGCAUUGGGAGCCCGCAGCUUCCUCCUUCUCGAGAGGAGGUUGUUACCUUCGGCGGUAUCCCAGACCCGGUCUCGACGGGGAGACGGAUGAGUGCUCGCGUUCUGGAUCUUCCGGAGGUGGACGAUAUGCAGCAGCGGUGCGCUAUGAGGGCGGCCAAGCUUCACGAUGCUGCGAUCACUACUGGUUAUUUUCCGAACUACGGCACUGAUCCGUUCGUGGUCGCUACUCACUCCGAUGGAGGCCAGGGAGCAUUUGGUUACUGGAUCUAUCCGUUGGGAGAUGGUCGCUUGGGAUAUCUUCAACCGGUUUGGAUGACGGUCAUGUAAUAGGAUAGGCAAUUAGUUUCCCUAUCUAUUGUUAGCCAGCCGGUUGUGGCUUCUUUUUUGGGCUAGUUUAUAUAUCUAACCGUCUGUAGCUCUGUGUGAGCUGCAUUUCUUUUCAUCCUUUUGUUUAGCUGAAGAUUGUGGAACCUUGUUGGCACUUUUGCCUUCUUUUAUUAAUAAGAUGGCCGUAUGCAUCAUUUUGAUGCAGAGGCCGAGGAGACCCCC